UGCAAUCUGUAGGAUCAUUUCGUAUAGAAACGUUGGCAAGGGACAUGCUUCGCUUUGCAUGAUUUUCGAACGGGUUGUCUGCUUCUUUUGACAGUUUUCGCUCGAGUGGAGAGAUAACGAUAGGGAUGUCUGUCCAUGGAAAAUCUGCGAUGAGUGGGUAACGUUUUGAGGUUAAGUUACCGAAGAGACGAACAUGAGAAGCUACGAGUUCGUCGUGAAGACGCUUUUCUUGUGCAUCUUCGCGAUCGGUGGCGUAAAAUUGGCAGCGAUCGGCGAAAGCGAUGCUUAUCAAAGUUUGGCUCCUGCUCAAGGGCUGUACAACUCCAGCGACGAUGUCAUUGUACUAAACGCGAAUAAUUUUAAAACCAGCGUCAAUGCCAGUGCCACUGGCUGGCUCGUUGAGUUUUACAACAGUUGGUGUGGCUUUUGCCAUCGAUUCGCACCCACUUGGAAAGAGUUGGCACGAGACGUCAGUGGUUGGAGGGACGUCGUUAAAGUUGCGGCUAUUGAUUGCGCUGACGAUGAUAAUACUCCUAUUUGUAGAGAGUAUGAGAUAAUGCAUUACCCGAUGCUCAAGUAUUUCUCCGUUAUGGCAAGUCCUACGUCGAUGGGGAUCGAAGUCGAGAAGGGGAAAGAUGUUUAUGCUAUUAGGCAUAAUUUAAUCGAUCGUCUGAGAAAGGAGCAACAAGAUGGUCGCGGCUCUACGUGGCCCAAUAUCGUGCCUUAUAGGAGCGGCGACGUGAAGAACCUCUGGAGGAACGUGCCAGAGACCGUGAAGCACUACUUCCUGGUGUUCGAGAAGCCGGACUCGUACCUGGGCGCGGAGGUGAUCCUGGACCUGCACAAGGUGGAGGGGGUGCGCAUCCGGAGCGUCACCUCGGACAACGAGCCCCUAGGUCUGAUGAUAAACGUGAACAAGUUUCCGAGCCUGGUGGUCCUAGGACGAGGGGAUUCCCAUAAGAUCCUGCCGGUCAAGACGCCAGCCCGCGAGGUCUUCCGCGGAGCCAUCCUGGACUUCCUGAAGACCUCCGGGUCGAACCUGACGACGAGCGAGGAAGCGUCUAGCCCAGGGUCGACGUCGUCGACCACUUCCAGCCCGAAUCUCCGUCCGGACUCGACGAGGGAGCAGGAUCCCCUAGAGGGCUCCAAAAGCUCCCCCACGGAGGACGAUUUGUUCUGGCUGGACCUCGAGAUGGCGCUGAGGUACUCGCUCUUCCACGAGGUGCCUAUGACGAAGAGCAUCCACGGGGAGAAGAUGCAGGCCCUGAAGAACUACCUGAGCGUCCUGAUCAAGUACUUCCCCUCCAAUUAUAACAUACUUCCCUUCCUGGACCUGCUCCUGGAGAAGCUGAAGGACCUGGAGGAAGUAUCCGGCAGGGAGUUCUCCAGGAUGGCGCGUCUCGCCGAGGAGGAGGUCAAGCCGGUCUUCUCCGGGGUGAAGAAGUGGAUGGCUUGCGUGCCCGUUGGAGGGAACUCCCGGGGGUAUCCUUGCGGACUCUGGACCAUGUUCCACACCCUGACCGUCAGGCUCAACGACGGCUUCGGGAAGGGGCCUUCGCGGGAUCCUAAGGAAGUUCUCGGCGCCAUCCACGGCUACGUGAAGAACUUCUUCGGCUGCGCCGAUUGCUCUAGGCACUUCCUGGAGAUGGCCGCCAGGAAGGGCCUCUUCCAGGUCGGGAACCGCACGGAGGGCGUCCUUUGGCUCUGGAGGGCGCACAAUGAGGUCAACCGAAGACUCUCCUCCGAGGAGUCCAAGGACCCGGGGCGGAUGAAGGUCCAGUACCCCCUGGACAUCCAUUGUCCCAGGUGUAGGUUCGACAACAGGACCUGGAACGAGGUGGAGGUCCUCGGGUACCUGAAGAGGAAGUACUCGACGAUCAACAUGGCCGAGGUGGAGCUACCAUCUCUCCUCCUGGAGGAUAUCUCCAGCCCCAGGCAGGAGAGGCUAGUCGCCGUGAACGAGGAUAAGGGCGUCACCCGGAAGAAGAUCGGAUGGGACUUCACCAUCUUCGACAUCAGCAUCUGCGUCAUGCUCUACAUCGCGUCCGCUGCCAUCCUCGUCCUGGUCUGCAUCAAGUUCGCCGUUAAGAGGACGUACAAGAAGAAGAUACAUGUCCAUCAUUUGUUCGGGAGGGUUUAAACAGCGAUUAGGAUGGUCUUUUUAAUUUGGACACGGACCGAAGUCUAGGAGGCGGUGCCGACGGGGAGGGUUGGGCUUCUUGAUGGUUGGGAUGAUUUUUAGAUCGCUUAUACUUUGUUGAGAAUUAUCAUUCCAGGGAUUUAAGGCGAUAUGAAAGUAGGAUAUGUGCGUAGCGAAUUGUCUACAUAUUUAUCUUACUUUUCUACAUUUUUUGUACGCCUAAUCGUUUUAAAUCUCGUCGCAAGAUUGUGGAGGUCCUGAGGAAGAACGCGCUGCUCGUGAAAUUUCAUUUUUCGACAAAAAAGGUUUAUUUAUUUUUUUUUUGUUGGAGGUAAAUGCUACAUUGUUUAUAUAUAUAAUAAAUAUGUUGACUUGUUGGUACGUAUAUAUCACACUUUCAUAUCAACUUAAUUUCCGAAAGUUUAAGAGCUACGCUGAGAAGAAUUUCCACUUUGUCGAUACUGGAGUUUGGAUUUUAAUUUCUAUCUAGGUGCAACGAUCUUUUGCGUUUAAUUCUUUGAGAUUAAUUGCUACUUUGUUACGAUUAUCGGUAUAAUGCGAAAGCUUAAGAGAAGAAUUUCUACUUUAUUGAUACUGGAGUUUGGAUUUUAAUUUCUAUAUAGGUGCGAUGAACAUUCGAAAAUGACGUUUAAUUCUUUGAGAUUACUUGCUACUUUGUUACGAUAAUCAGUGUAAUGCAGUUUUUCUUGUUCCGAUAGUCAUAUAUGCUGCGAAGUAUAUAUCACUAGUGUACGAUAAGUUCUGUUAAUGUUGCAUUAAUGGGAAAUGGUGUCUCUGCGCUUCUACAUUGUCUUCAUACUCUUUUUGAAUUUACUCAAUUUAUUUGGCUGCUACAUACUCAUUACUCAGGUUGUGACGAACACUAAUAAUCUUUUUAUUCGAACUUUACAGAUUUUACGGUACACGUUUUAGAUAUCAGACUAUAUUAUACAGCGAACAGUUUGAUAAAUUUCUUUUUAUAUUUAUUCUAUAAUAUUUACAAGUAAUCGACACUCAUCGUUACCAAUAGAAUUCCAUGCCCUGCGAUUCUCCCAGUUAUAGAUAUAAUUUCCCAACGAAUAGAGCUUUAUUAACAGGUUUAUCUUUAAAAUGUACAUAAGUAUAUACACUUAUUCUCAUAUAUAAGUAUGCUCCGUUACUUCCAUUUAUUUAUGCUCCGUUCCAAACCGCAGGAUAACUAAAUAAUUAAUUCCCUCCGUAGACUUAUUCACCGGCUAAGUGAGAACAAAUCGGUUAUUAUAAACUCUUAAUUAUUGUUGUUAAUUUACUCACGUAGCUUAUUAAUUUGAGUGCCAGCUCUCCGAAACCAGUGAUCGAACAACUCUUUAUGGCCAUUCGACACAAGUGUAGACCGUAGAUAUUGUUUAGAAAUUUGUAGAUAUUAUUUACAGGAAAUUUGUGGAUAUCACUCUAUCGUGCCACGGGCCAGGGAUCUUCUGGAUUUAUUAAUGAGAUUUAUAAUGUAAAGACGCAUAAGUUACAGAGUUACUUCCACUCGAAUACUACUCCGAUACUACUCCGUUGGUAAUCCUUCCUCUAGUUAAUGUUUUUUCUUUUUUAAUACAAUGCAGAUUACGAAUCAGGGACUAGAGAUAGUUUUGUCGAUACCACUUGAUGUUACUACUAAGUUCCGAUCAAUGUAAGAAAUAUUUAUGCGCAGUGGUGAUUAUUGAGUGGAGAAUAUUUGGAAGCGGCUGGAUUAUACCUUUGUAUAAAAAUGAAGAAAAGAAAGAAACGGAAGCGUAUCUUUUGUAUGCGAGUGCAAAUAAAACUUUCAAUCGGAUCAUUGAAAAA